CUUCUAUGUACUUCUGUAUUCUUUGGAAAAAUCAACGAGAAUUUGUGACAAGAAUAGUGAACACGGUUACUUGGAAACGGAACGUUGUUGGAUAUUAACAAUUUACACAAACGCAAUAUAUAAGCUCGCGUCUACUCGCGAACUUUGUGAAAACGGAAUAUCGAAAGGAAGAUAUCAUUGGAAAGUCUAGAACAAUUAUUUGAAAAGGAAAAAAAAGAAAAGAAGACGUAAAGGAAACAUAUGCAACGGCAUUUGAAUAAGAAUUGAAAUUUUUAAUAAAAAAGAUGGCACCGAUCGUUGGAACUUAUCAACACGAACGUAAUGAAAAUAUCGACGAAUACUUCAAAGACUUGGGCGUACCAUAUAUCGCACGAAAAAUGAUGGGUUUAGCAAGUCCACGUAUGGAAAUUUCAAACGAAGGAGAAAAAUGGACAAUUCGUACUGUAUCUAUGAUGCGUACUAUAGAAUUAAUAUUUGUUCUCGGUGAAGAAUACGAGGAAACUCUGCCUUCCGGUGAAAUAUUAAAAAAUGUUACGACAAUGGACGAUGACAGUCUCGUGACAGUAUCAUACAGACCAGAUAACACAAAAAUAGUACGGAAAUAUGAUUUUACUAAUGAUGGUGUCGUCUUGAUAAUGUCUAGCGAAAAAAGCGAUGCAGUUGCAAAACGAUAUUUCAAGCGAGUUCCUUAAAUU